UCAUGCUGCUGCCAGGUCCAGAGUCUCUCAUGGGUCCCUGUACGGCCUCCCAUUGCUGCUGUCUCCAUCGCCACACUCUGCCAUGUGCCACUUUCAGGUCUCCUCACACUGCUGGUGUGUUCCAUUUUUUGUCAUAGGGUGCUGGCAGAUUACGGGCCUCCCAUAGCUGCUGCCAGGCCCCUAAUCUGCCAUGGGCCCCUAUAUACCGCCUCCUCAUCUGCUGCUGCCAAGUCCAGAGUCUCUCAUGGGUCCCUGUACGGCCUCCCAUUGCUGCUGUCUCCAUCGCCACACUCUCUGCCAUGUGCCACUUUCAGGUCUCCUCACACUGCUGGUGUGUGUCCAUUUUUUGUC